CCCCUUCCCCUCUAGUCACGGGAUGGUUCGACCCGGCGACGGCGGCCGCGGCCUUGUCCGUGACCGGAAGUGAGGCAGAGGUCGGGUAGCCGUGGGUGGCGCCUGAGGGAAACUCCCGGGUGGGCGGUUAAUCGCCGGCUUUGUCUUCGGAGAAGCUCCGGGCAACGACGUUGGCUUUCUUCAACGGCCUGCCUUUCCCCCUUCUGGCGCUUCGGGGUGGGUGGGGAGUGUCCCACAACACCCCUGCGAGGGUUUGGCUUUUCAAUCCUUUUACACUCUUCCUCUCAACAACACCAGCUUGAUUCUGUCCUUGAAAACCUACGUUAUAAAUACGAAGCUAUCUGAACUGCAGCGAUGUCGGCUUUCCCCAAAAGUUGCAAUCCUUUUGACGACGAUGAGGAUGAUUUCAGGCCGGUCAAGUGGAAUGAAGGGGAUGAGCCUCCGCGAGAGGGUCCAGACAGACAAAGAUAUUUGCAACAGGAAGUCAUGAGGCUCUCGAAAUCGACUCUAGAUAGCACCAACAACUCCCUGUCUCUCAUUUAUGAGUCUGAACAUGUGGGAGUUGCCGCAUCAGAGGAACUCGUGCGGCAAGGCGAAGCCCUGAGGCGUUCUGAACGCAUGGUGGAUAAGAUGGAUCAAGAUUUAAAGGCGAGUCAGAAACAUAUCAAUAGCAUUAAGAGCGUCUUUGGGGGCUUCGUCAAUUACUUCAAAGCCAAGCCGCAAGACCUCAAACCUGAGCAGAACGGAGCCUCCCAAUAUCAAGGAAGCAACAGAUUAAAAGAAGCGUUAUCCGUCAGCAAAGAGCAGGAGUCCAAGUACCAGGAGACUCAUCCAAAUUUACGCAAGUUGGACAACUCAGACUUCAGUUCCAGUGCAACUAGUUCAAACAACCCAUCCCAGUCUGAUCAUUACCCUAGGAACCAGCACCUCCGUGCUUAUCACCAGAAAAUUGAUAGCAACUUAGAUGACAUGUCCACCGGGCUGGGCCGACUGAAAAAUCUCGCUCUUGGCUUGCAAACCGAAAUCGAUGAUCAGGACGAGAUCCUGAAUCGCCUCACCGGGAAAGUGGAUACUUUGGACAUCAACAUCAAAAGCACAGACAAGCGAAUCAAGGAUGAGCUUUAAAGGAAUCCCCGGGUGUCUCUCACCUCUUGUUUAUAAACUCAAUACAUUUUAUGCAGCAGCUGCAUUGGGAAAGCGCUAGAGAAAAGAAGUUGCUAGUCCAUCUUGCCGUGCGAUUAAAAGUGUGAAUAUUCUUUAAGUGCAAUCUGAGAAAUUUAAGCUAUUUUCUUUCACGUAUAAUUCCCAAAAGCACUCUGAAGUGCUUCUGAAACUUCUGAUCUGAUUUUGGAGGAAACAUCUCAAUUCUGGACAGCGAUUGGAAAAGACGAUUACACCCUGCCUUUCAGUAUUCCUUUUGCCUUAAAUUGUAGCAGGUACGUGCGUUGCCUACUUCACAUACUGCUCAUGUAUACAUUUUUAUAAAAGGCUAGCUGUGUACAGUUGAAGAACCGUAGAAGAGGAAAGUUUGCCUUGCAUUUCAAAGCUGGGUUGUGACAAGAUGCUUCUGGUGCAUAUAAUGAAAACCUAACCCUGACCCCAAUCUUAAGCUACACCAAUAAAGCAGUCGUUACCAAGUCAGCGUUUAUUCCAGUCAAAGUCCAGAGUGAGUGAAAAACACUUAAGGGAUAUCCAGUUAAAAAUUCUAGAACAAAAUAACAACAAAUCUAUAUUAAAAAAUCACAACCUAGAAUUUUUAACUGGAUAUUCCUUGAGUGUUUUUAACUUGCUCCGGUCUUUGACUGGAAUAAACCUUGACUAAAAGCAGUCAUUUUUUGGGGCGGAGGGGGUGUCAUUCUCCAAAGUACUUACCUACUUGAUUUGUGCCAGUACAAUGAAGCUUAGACUCAAAAAAAUAAAGAUUUGGGUGAAGACAUUUAUCCAAGACUUAAAGCUACAGGAUGGUAUUUUGGGUUGGAAUGCUUCAAUGCAAAAUACUGCCUUCUGCGGGGUCUCCAACCUUGGCAACUUUAAGCUUUGCUGGCUGGGGAAUUCUGGGAGUUGAAGUCCGCCAGGCUUAAAGUUGCCAAGGUUGGAGACCUCUGCUCUAAGCAGCACUUCUCUGGCCCAUAGCUGUGAGCAUUGACGACUCAAUAUGUUGUGCAAGUCGGUUGCUGCUCCAGGUCUAUUUUAAAAAUAAUAUUGGAGAAGAAAUUACAUGGGGGGAGUCGCUUUAAAUUUCCACCCAACUGGCUACAGUGGACACCUUUCAACACAGUUAAAUUUCACCCAUGAGAUCUUGUGCUUCUGUGCCCAGGUGAGCUUGCGAUUGUUUGAUUUGUGGUGUAAGCAUCACAUGGCUUUCUUCCCUGAUUAAUGAAAGGUCCCUUCCCAAAAAUAGUCUUUGUCCUUAUAGUUGACAUUUUAUUCCUGCAAUGUCACUUCUCGUGUGUGUGUGUGUAAAUUCUACAUAAUCUGUCUAUUCUUGAUACAAGAAAAAUACCAAUUUUCUUGUAAGUAUGUCUUCAGUAAAUCAUUACAAUGAGGAAUUUUGGAAACAGCAUUUAUUAAAAACAACCAUUUCUUUCC